GGAUCAGGAUCUGGAUCUGGAUCAAGAUCUGAAUAUUCAUUUUCAAACAAACUACAAAGUACAUUUCAUAAUAUACUUAUUGAAUAUUUUAGAUGUUGAUUAGUGUCUAUUCUUUCUUUUAAUAUCAUCAUAUGUUUAAAGAAAAUCAAUUCUAUAUCGAAAUAUAAAACAACGAACAACUAACAACAACAAAAAGAAAAAAAAGAAAAAAAACAGAGAAAAAAAUGAAAAAAUUAUUUUACUUUAUCUUGAUAAUUUUCUUUUUACAUUUAUUUCUCAUUAAAAAAUCUAUAGAAAUUCAUUUGAAUAAUACAACACAAAGUUUAUUACCAUUAAAUACAGAUUAUAUAACUAUGAUGGAUUAUCCAAUACGUAUGUGUGGUAAUGAAUUUUUAAAAAAUCUUAAACGUGUUUGUUCUAUACGUGGAAUAUAUACACCAAUUAAUCGUUUAAAAAGAUCAUCGUCCUCCUCCUCCUCCUCCUCAUCAUCAUCAUCAUCAUCAUCCUCCUCAUCAUCAUCAUCAGAACAAUAUUCUAAUUUAGAAAGAAUUUUACAUCGACAAAAACGUUUUGAUGAUUUAUGUACAUUAUAUACAAUUUAUGAACCAGAUCAAGUUGUAACACAAUGUUGUUGUAUUGGUUGUAAUCGUAAAUAUUUAGAACAAUUUUGUAAUCCAAAUUAAAAAUAUUUUUUGUUUUUUUUUCCCAAGAAAAAGUUUGUCUAUUCUAUAAAUAAAAGAGAAAAACAGAGAGAAAACAAAGAGGAUAAAAAGAAAAAAAAUAAAUAAAAAUUAUUUUCAUCCAAA